CUGCUGUUCAGCCUGCUCUGUCUGCUCGACUGGCGUGAUCCCAUCCGCUCUCAAUGCUGGCUGGCGAUCGCUGGCCUUCUUGUCGUCUGUCUAGCCCUCCUGGCCGGACUGGGCAUCUCCGCACUCUGCCGUAUUCCCUUCAAUGGACUCACGCUUCAGGCGAGCCAAUUGAACCAUUUUCGUCUUUUUAAUUCUGUUUUACCUUGA